UCCACAAAAGCGGAAAGUGUGGUCCCUGAUAAGCCUGUGCGAACGAAACUUGAAGCACGUACAUUUAACCCUGUUGUAUGAGAAUGCGUCUUAUACUUAUUAUGGUAUUUUUUUUUUAAGUGACUAGGUUAAAUCUUCAACUGAAUAACAAUUAAUAGCCUUAAAACCCUUAACAUAUUUUGUUUCGGACGAUAUUCGACGUGACAAAUCGUGCUCAAUAGCUUUAUUACGAAAUUUAAGUAACGACAAACCCUCGUUAUGUGUCCCGUAGCGUCUAAACGUGCGCGAUUCCACUGUGAGUUGGCGGUUGGCGGCGCCGUGCUGAAACUGCUUCCGGGCUCGCAUCUGUACCUGGCGGACCAGUGUCUGGACUGUCGCUGUGAUUCAAGCGGGCUGCAGUGCUGCGGGUUCGGAAGACAUGCUGGUCCAGUUGCCAUCCCGGACCAAUGCGAGCAGAUACAAGAUGGGUGCCAUGACAUAACGGUCAGGAAGGGGAACCAAUCCAGAGACUGCAGUAACGAGACCAUCGACUUUCGGACACUCUCCAACGACCUGCCGCAUCCAGAUAACAGAUAUGGUAUUAACGGAGGCUCGACCACAAAACUCACGAUGACGUCAGUUCCGGUGCCAACUACACCACCAGCGAUUCCCACGAACGCCGCUCUGAUGGACACUCUCCUUAGCGGGGAGUUUUCAGAGCUUAUUAAUAAACUGCAGCAACAGCUGGAUGCCGGAAGUAGAACUGGCUUGCCGCAGAGCUUCCCGCAGCAGCCCGCCAUGGGAUUGUUUAGACCUGAUCCCCAAGUGGCCCAGCCGUCCCCAUAUCAUCAAAUGGCCGACAUCUGGAACCCUUAUUGGUGGCUCUAAGUCUGUAAACUGAAUAUUGCGCCCUGUUAUGUUUUUGAUAACGACAGGUCUUUCAAUAACUUUAUUUUAUUGCUGACAAGAUAAUAUUUGACCAAUUGGUAGGUAUCGCUUGGGCAUUUGGAUAAAAAACUUACUGUUAUAAAACAUAUAUUGUAUUCAGUAUUACCGAUGUAUACUCUGUAUAUGACACUGAGGGAUAUGAUACUAAUUCGUAAUAAUAUGUGGACGACAUGGUCUGGUUUAUGAUUUAACAAGCCAUAGUUAGUAUGCCUGUUUUAUUUUUAUUUUUAUGCCAUAUAUUGAACUUGCAAAAAAUACAUUUAUGUUUAAUUUGUUACAACCAAUAUAAUAAAUACUUGUUGUUUAUCCUGCUGUCCGACAACAAA